AAUAUCAUUUUAGUUGAAUAAUUAAAUUUACGUAAAACGCGCAUUAGCAAUCGCUUGAAAUGUUAAGAAUUUAUUUCGAAUCGUGUCGAUAUAAUUACGUGUAACAUCUUUUAUGAGUAGUAAAAACGUAUCGAUAGACAAUAUGGUGGCUAGGACAAGAAAUAAAGCGCUAUCCUGUUCUACCCCAGAACAUUAUGGAGAGGAUUCACCGUCACGAGACAGUGACUCCAUUUACGACUCUGACAGAGGAAGCCCAGUACCUUUCCUAUGUACACAAGAUGGAGCCGAGGGAGAAACUGAUGUUGUUUGGAACUUCUAUACUCCCAAGUGUAACAGUGCUACUUCACAUAACAAAAACAGUACACCUCUCAGUAGAAAAGGAAGAAAAGUGAAACCUAAGUUGAUAAGCAAGUCCUUAACGAAACAGAAAAUUAUAAAGCCAUCCCAAAAACAACAUGAAUUGUAUCAAGAGCUCCUCGAGCUAAAUAGAAAUGUGCAUGAAUAUAUAACUAAAAAGCCACCAAAACCUGAUAAGCCACAUUCAGAAGAAGAUAUCUUCAGUGACAAUAGUGAUAGUUCACCUAAAAGCAUCUUAAGACCCUCCAUGUGCUUAAGAAAAAAUGUGUUAAGUUCUAAAUUUGGAAAAUCAGAGCCUGAAAAUGGCUUAGAAUCAGACGAUUCAAUGAAUGAAUGUUUAUUGAAAGCUAGCCAGAUUGUAGAGGAGAAUGUCUUGCCAGACUAUAAAGCUAAAAGACCCUGCUUAAAUAGGUCUGAAUUUAAAAAUAAAACCAAUACCAACAUUGUGGGAUAUGACUCAAUGGAUUCUAUAUUAAAUAACAUUGAACUAGAAUCUCCGAGUAUAGUUAGAAUAAAAAAAUGUGAAACUCCCAAAAUAAAUAAUGACUCCUUUGAUAAUUUACUAGAAGACUUGAAUGACAGUGCUUUAGAGAGACUUUCACAGGUCCCUCUGAAGAAAGACUGCAAGAAAACACCACUAUCUAAGGGUAACUGGACAUUGAAAGAAUUAGUAGUUCAUGAUAGCAGUCCCAGGACUUCAGUAUUUAGUAGACAUAAUUCAAUGCCUGAGUCACCAACUGCUGCAGACUUAAAUAAGCCUUCCACGAGUGGAACUGCAGGUUUUGGAAGACAUAAGUCUAUGCCAUUCAAUAAAUCCAUUAGCAAAGGUGAUUCUCCAAUUAAAUGUUCCCCAGAUGAAAUUGAGAGAAAACGCAAACAGGCAAGGGAGAAGCUCUUAGCUAAAAGGUUGCUACCUUUUACACAACAGAGUAACCAGGAAAAUACCCAAGUAAAGAGAAGCACUCAAGCUCCUUUACCUACCAGCAGACAGCAAGCCCAAAACAAAAGUAAAGCGACCGAAAUAAAUAAUGCCUCCAAUAUAAAAUGUUUAAUAGAAAAAAAGAGACAAGAAGCACUAUUGCGAUUAAGAAAAAGACUUCAGAAAUGACUGAAUAUUUAUUGUGUUUAAUAAAUAUUCAGUCAUAAGUAUUUUUAAGUUGUUUUGGUUUGAAUAUUGUCAUAAAUCAUAAUAA